AGCGCACGGGAAACAAGGAGACUAUGAGAAAACGCAGCCGCUCCAUACAACCACAUGGUUCUUCACGCGCACAGAGCCAGGUUCAUAUAAGGGACUCGCUCUGCCCACAGCGGCGACAGCUCAAAGUUCCCGGGCGAGAGUUCAGCCGCACCGGCAGCUGAGAGACCAAGACGCACGGAUUACAUUUGCUUUUUUUCUCCUUUUUGGACAAAAAGAGAAACAAACUUUUGAGUGAACUUUUAACAGAGACUGAACUGAGCCGAACUGAGCAAAUUGUGAACUUUUUUCACCAUGGUGCAGCACAUGAGCCACGCAGACAGCGACAGGGACUCCACAGACACGGGAGACAUGGACCUGGAGAUGGACUCGUCUCCCACCCCGGAGUCCCCCUCCUCUGCAGACAGGAACAGUGGGGACUUGGCGUGGUGCAAGACGCCAACAGGACACAUUAAAAGACCCAUGAACGCGUUUAUGGUCUGGUCGCAGAUUGAGAGGAGGAAGAUUAUGGAGCAGUCGCCAGACAUGCACAACGCGGAAAUCUCCAAGCGCCUGGGAAAGCGGUGGAAGCUGCUCAAAGACACAGACAAGAUCCCGUUCAUCCGCGAGGCAGAGCGGCUACGGCUCAAACACAUGGCCGACUACCCAGACUACAAGUACCGGCCCAGGAAGAAGGUCAAGUCUGGCGGCAGCAAGCCGGAAAAGAGCGGAGAGAGAAAAGCCGGUGUGAGCAAGAGGAGCCCGGCGUCUAAAGCGUCAUCAGCAACAAGCAGGACGCACAGCAAGCAGAAGCAGAUCGGGUUGGACUACGCGUCUCCCGGUGAUCACCAGUCCCUGUUUAAAUCUCGGUCUGCGUCCGGAGCCAGACAGAUCCCAGACAAGGCGAGACGCAGCGCGGAACUAAGCCCGUCAGCGGGAGUCCCAGCCAGCCCCACACUGAGCAGCUCAGCGGAGUCAAGCGACCCAUUCAGCCUUUAUGAGGAACACAGCCCGGCCACGAGCGACUCCUCAUCCUCCUCUUCCUCCAGGUACGCACGCGCCUCGUCUCCCACACCGUCUGCCUCGCAUUCGUCCUCCUCCGUGUCAUCUUCGGACGAGGAGUUUGAGGACGAGCGGCUGGAGAUGAACCCAAGCCCGGGCGCGUUUGAAGCCGUGUCUGUGGGAGGCAGCGCGGGCGGCAUGGGCUUCUCGGACCCGGAGCUCGACCGGGACUUGGACUGGAGCUUUGGGGAGUGCGGGGCCGGCUCUCACUUUGACUUCCCCGACUACUGCACCCCCGAAGUGAGCGAGCUGAUCUCAGGAGACUGGCUGGAGUCCACCAUCUCCAACCUAGUGUUCACCUACUGACACUUAUUAGAAAGAGACAGGUGUCCGCUUUUUGUUCACUAAAUAAAAGGGAGCAGCGGAGGAGAAGGUACGCACGCGCCCACACUCAUGGACAGACGGGCACGCGCAGAGCAGACAGACAUGAGGAGAGGAGAAGGGGGGAGUGAACUAAAUGCUUAGUUUGCAUUUGUGAAUGUAGAGCAGCAGAGCGCAGUGAGACGCAACCCGCGGUGAACUUUUUUGAUGAACAUUGAUGUUACAUUUGGCUCGGGGCAGAGUAAGUCACGUUGUUUUCAAAUGGUAUAGGCAAUUCACAUUGACCAUCAAGUUGCUAUUCAGGUGUUUUUUUCCUCCAAACAACACGCAUGAUAACGGGAGGAUUUUGUUUGUAAAUGUUCAUUGCUGCGUACUAUUACGCGUUUGUGUGACCAUAUAACAGGACACAAUUCACUAUCACCAGCUUCUCUUUCAACGGCAGGACUUUUAGACUGAUUCCAAACUUCAGAAGCCCUUGUAUUCUGAAUCUUUUGAAACACUCAGUGCACAAUUCAGGACCAAUGCUCCCCCUCCCCCUGACGCGCAUCCUUUCUGCCUAGUGCUUCAACUUUGUAGUUCCUCUGUGUCAGACGGCGUUUCUUUUUAUAUCGAUGUAUUUAUACCGGCCAAACCUUUUUAUACAUAGAAGUAUUGUUCUCGUACAGGUCUCGUUUGUGUUUGUGCACAUACACCUGUCUGUAUCCAGCGCAGGAGGAAGGAAGGGCUAGAAGUGUAUCUUAUUUAAUUCAAAAAUGUCUCUCACUUUUACGGAGAUGUUGAGUGUGUCAUGAUUUUCUACUUGUAUUUUUGUACAAAAUCUAUUGGAGCGGGGGUUUCCAGCGAGUGGGUAGACAUUGGCUCUACAUUGGUGUCGCAGAGAGCGGGGUUUGUUUGGCACAAUCUGACCUCACACAGUGUUUACAGUAUUUACCCACAUGCUUCUUAACGGCGCAGUGACUCCAUCUUUCACCAGCCAAUAAACACAGGCCAACGCAGCGUCUGAGUGGCCACUAUUGCGCAGACCCCGAGAGUCACUGUUUUUUUCUGGAUAGAGCUAAUACCUCUGUGUGCUUUUUUUUUUCUUUUCUUUUUUUUUUUUUUUUAAUCAAGAUAAGUUUUAUUUCCAAACCACUGGAUGACGUUCACACUCAUUCCACUUUGCCUAGACUCGGAGGGAGGGAGAUGUAUGAAGUGCUUCAUCUGUUAUUGCGCAAAUUGCAUCAAAAAAUAGUAUUUAACCUUUCUGUACCUGUUGGUUAAGUAUAGCAGGCUAAUUGUUUCCUAUAUUAUGGCAUGGCAAAUAGCAUUUGUAUUUCAGAUUCAGGUAUAUGUAGCUAUAGCUGUUGUGUUUAAGAUUUUUAAAAGAAUAAUAACAUGAAGAUAUUUAUGUAAACUGACUGUACUAUAAGCAAAGAUUGUGUGUUUUAUGUAUGAUCAACGACAGGCACUAGGACAGCCAUCUUUGGACAAGUUGAAGAUGAUUGUGGUCCAGGAGUUUCCUCUUCUACUACUUUUUUAUUUUGAAAAAAGUCCCCUCAGACCAUCUUUUUACUAUUGUCCUAUUUUAUUUUUUCGUUUCUCAUUUGUGCAAUAUGCUGUGUAUGAACAUGUUUUGUCCAAUCAUGCCAAUAUCAUUUUGUUGAUGUUUAUUGCUCUAAAACCAGCCAAUGUUUGGGUCAAUCACUGCCUCUCAGACCUCUGUACAGAUUGUUGUUCAGUUUUUUAUUUGUUUUUCUUUUCUUCCAAGAAGGAAAUAAAAUCAGCUGGAACUGAAAAGUA